AUGCAAUCUGGAUCUCAAGGCCAACGGGGCUAUUCGCACCGGCGCACAGAAGACAACGUUUCGCAACUGAUUAACAGCCAGAGUAGACCUAUGUCUCCCAACGGACUGCCAUCCCGAGCCUCGACAGCUUCUAUGAAGUCGUCGCAGAGCGGCAGCACGCGCCGCUCAACUCGCGAGACUGGAAGUUCAGGCUCGAGUGUUCCACUGUCGCAAAUCGAAAAGAGCGUCACCCAUCUUCUCGUCGCCACCAAGCAGCUUCUCGAAACUCUCACUCAAUGGUCCCGCGGCCAAGCGACCGACACGCAAGUCUCCGACGUCUAUGUCCGUCUAGGCUACGAAUUCAAUAUGGCAUGUCGUGCCUUUACCGCCAUAAAUGUCGACACGUCCGACCUCGGCAAUGUUCCUGACCUUCUCCGAAACAUUCUCGAAGCCACCCUGAGCCAAGAAGCUAGUGCGGAAAGCCUCGAGCGAUACCUGCCGCGUAUCAGGGAUAUCAUCAUCAAUCUGCUCCAUGGCUUGAAGCGGAAGCAGCAGCGUCUGCGUCAACGACAGGCUCGAGACAGGGAAGGUGGUACUGACGUCCCGGAGCGCACAACGAGCACCAGCACGGUUACGAGUGGAAGCAGUGGCGGUCUCACCAACAUGCUUGAUGAGGGCCUCGAAUCUGGAUACAAACAAGAACAAACUCGCUCAGAGGAGCCUGCGCCGCAAGGGCCUAGCUCUUCGCCCAGUCGUCGUUACAAUGGGUCACGAGAACCAUCACGCAACCCUGUUCAAACGAACCGCUCUUCACUCCAGAAUGCGCCAUCAAUACCGCCCCCUUAUCCAAGCGACGAGGGCCAAAUCCCCUUCGCAUCCGGCACGUCUGGAGAGAUAAAUAUUGAAGCCUUCCCACCACCGCCGCCACCUCCCCCAGAACCGCAAUCAAGCGCACUUGCGGCGCUACAAAAGGGGGGCGAUUUGGAGAGACGAGCAUCGCGACGCUACUCACAAUACCAAAUCCAAAAACACCUUGGUGCUGCCAAUGCCGUUCCUAUGCUGCCGCACCAAAAUUCUCCUAUACCAAAUCGUGGUCGCAAGGAAGCACGAGAAUCGAUGUAUGCAGUCCAAAAACGCGAGUCAGUACGACACAGUCGCCAUCCAUCGAAUCAGUCCAAGUCUGUUCACUCGCCAGCUCCUCCAAUAAUAACCGAAGAGCGUCGUAUGGAAAACAGAAAUGGAGUUGAUAGCCCAAUGGCUCAGACCCCCGAGGAUAAAUAUGCCCCAAGCGCUACCUUGUCCGGCCCGCUCCCUGAGCCUCCACAGUUCGUGGAUGACCCAAGAAGAGCGGAACCUGAAACAAAAGCAACGGAGAAGACUGAGCAGUUGCCUACUGGGCUAGAAUCAAAGCCCGAUUCGUAUUUCCAAGUUUCACCACCACCCACCCCGACCAAAGAUUUGACUCUGUUCCUGCAGUACAAGUCCAAGGUCAAAAAGAUCGUUUUGCCAGAGGGACGAGGCGAGCUCUCUAUUGGACGCUUGCAACUUGCAUUUAUCGAAAAGUUCUCCUGGAACACACAGCACAACGGCACUGAUUUGCCAGAAAUUUACAUCCAAGAUCCUGUGUCAGGCAUUCGACAUGAAUUGGAGGACCUUUCAGAUGUCAAGGACCGGACUGUUCUUGUACUGAACAUAGAAGCUCUUGACGAAGUCAAGCGGCAUAUCGACGAUGGCAUUUUAGGGUUGACUAAAAUAGUGCAAGAUGUCCAGAACAAUGUUCAAAGUCAGGGAGCGACUCUACAGCGAGUUUCAGAUAGGCAACAGGAAACUGCGGAUGAGGUCUCGCGUUUGGCAUUCGCGCCAUCUGCUGCCGUCCAAGCUGCUGACGGAACAAAAGCGAUUGUCAACACUGGACCCAGACUCGGCGCAAGCCAUGUCGGGCAAAUCCAAACUUUCCGCCGCGACAUUGCUGUGUUGCGUCAGACCUAUACCAACUUUCAAUCUUCAAUGGAUGCAUCCAUUGCUGCUGUUCGCCAGAAGGCUGCAAACGUCAAGUCAGUAGCUGCGAGCGCUGCUCAGCCAGAUUUAGAAGGGGAUGGUGGAUAUUCGUACGUCACCAAUGGGCGCAAGAAGCUUAAUGCAGAUUCCGAUCGCCUAGUUGGCAAGGUGGACGAUCUCCAGGACCUCAUCGAGGAUUUACGAAAAGAUGUUGUCCAUAGGGGUGUCAAGCCGCUACCGCGCCAGCUCGAGUCUGUCAACAAUGAUAUCAGCUCGCUCACCAGCGCUCUCAAGGCUAUGGAAGACUACAUGAACGAGGAGAAACCCGUCUGGACCAAGAUUUGGGAGAAGGAACUGGAGGAUGUGUGCCAGGGCCGUGAUGAGUUACGCCUUAUGGAGGACUUAAUGGUCGAUCUGCGUGAUGAUUUGGAGAAGGCAACAGAAACGUUUGCCCUCGUUGAGCAGGCUAUGACGGAGCAGAUGAAGGACAGUGGCGCCGGGCCGACCGUGGGGACGUCGCGAAUAUUCGCCAAGGGUCUGAUCAACCUCGGUAACAGCCUUAACCAGAACGAAGCCAAGGAGGGUGUACUAGGCGCAGUGCGCGCACUGCAGCCCAAUCAUGAAGACCGUCUUGACGCCAUCGAGCGGGCUGAGAAACUCCGCCAAAAGGAGCUCCAGAACCGCGGCGGCAAUGAGCUCCAGCGUGAGAUUGCCAGCUUUGUGGGCGAUGGGAAGCUCAAGAAGUCGGGCGGCUUUGAGGAGGUGGAGCGCGCGCGGGUUGCUAAGGACGAGAAGAUUCGCCGCGAGGUUUGGGAGCGCAUGAACGGCAUCAUUGCCGAGGUCGAGGGUGAGUACGACGAAGAGGAGGAGGAGGAAGAAGAAGAGCUUGGAGAUGGCGAGGAAUAUGAGGACGCGGAGACGGAGGUGGUACUGCCCAACGGUGAGGCGGAUGGCGCAGCGCGGCACUCGGGAGGCUCUGCGAGUAUGACUACGAAUAAAGAAUAA